AUGGAGACUUCCAUGGGGAAGCCGAGCUUCCUGCGGAAUAUCAUGGUUCGUGUACUUCUCUUUGGCGUUCUGAUCAUCGUUGUUCGAUUCGCUUAUGUUGUCACCAUCACUGGAGAAUCAUGCAAUCGCGGCGACUUCUGCUUCUUCUCCCUCCCUGAGAAUCUUAACUUUGUCAUCUCCGGCGCUGGCUCCGGCGCUUCUGCUAUCGACGCCAUCAGAUCUACCUCCGUGGGGUCCCCAGGCGACGAUCUGUACACGAGCAGGGAUUGGAUUAAAGGCGUUCAGUUUUACUCUUCCAUCUUUCAGGAUCUGAUCGCCGACGGUUAUCUCUCGCCGGAAUCGAAGACGCUGUGUGUAGAAACGGCAAUCGGGCAGGAGGUUUUCUCCCUGAGAGAGAUUGGGGUGAAGGACUCGGUGGGGAUCUCUAAGAAAGCUCUGCGGCCGCUGGUGGUGAGAGGCGAGGGACAUGCUAUUCCCUUCGAGAAAAACACAUUCGAUUUCGUCUUCUCCGGCGGCGGCCGCCUCGGGAAGUCGUUGAAGCAAUUGGAAUUUGCCGACGAGAUUAGUCGAACCCUGAAACCCGAAGGGUAUGCGGUGGUUCAUGUUGGUGCUACAGAUACGUACAGUUUCAAUUCAUUCCUUGAUUUGUUUAAUUCUUGCAAACUGGUGAAGAUGCGUGACAUAGAUGGUUUUGAUUCGUCGAUGCCUCAUAUCAGAGAGUUUGUCAUUCAGAAAUACUCAGAGAUUGAAGGUCAUCACCGGAAGAAUUCUGGCGGUGAUAGUGGUGGCAAGUGCUGGAUUCCGGGAUACAAAAGAGAUUUGAUUCGGGAUGCAGAGCCAGUGAUUGAAGAGGAGCCUCUGAAGCCAUGGAUCACCCUCAAGAGGAACAUAAAGAACAUCAAAUAUCUGCCUUCCAUGGUGGAUAUACGUUUCAAGAGUAGAUACGUCUACGUUGAUGUCGGUGCUCGGAGUUAUGGAUCAAGUAUCGGGAGUUGGUUCAGGAAAGAGUACCCGAAGCAGAACAAAACUUUUGAUGUCUUCGCCAUUGAGGCAGACAAAGCCUUUCACGAAGAGUAUAAGAUAAAGAAGAAGGUGCAGCUGCUGCCGUACGCGGCGUGGGUGAGGAACGAGACAUUGUCAUUUGAGAUAAAUCACGAUCCGGGAAAGGGAAAGGAAGUGGAAGCCAAGGCCAAGGGCAGGGGAAUGGGCAGAAUCCAGCCAGUUACAAAAUCUUCAAGCGAUGAUUUAGCUGGAGAGGUGAAUUUGAUCCAAGGCUUUGAUUUCGCAGACUGGCUGAAGAAGAGUGUGAGAGAGAGGGACUUUGUUGUGAUGAAGAUGGAUGUUGAAGGAACCGAAUUCGAUUUAAUCCCGAGGCUAAUCAAGACGGGAGCAAUCUGUCUAAUCGAUGAGUUGUUCCUGGAAUGCCAUUACAACAGGUGGCAGAGAUGUUGUCCUGGUCAGAGGAGCCAAAAGUACAACAAGACUUACAAGCAAUGCUUAGAGCUCUUCACAUCGCUCAGACAAAGUGGGGUGCUUGUCCAUCAAUGGUGGUAA